AUGGCUACCCGACGACACUCCAUCGGCAAUGACAGUCAUGCGACUCAUGGACACCACGAGAAUCAUGAUCACGAAGGUCAAGGUCGUUCAGAUGACAGGGGUCACGCCAGCCGUCGUGAGUACCUAAGUCCACCUGAAGACCGUCGGCAGGAGACGCACCUCAGCCCUCACAGGUACCAGAGGUCGCACUCUCGACGCAGCCCUCAAAGACACUCAAGUCUUCGCGGCAGUCGGAGUCCAUUCAGGCACCAUUGCCCGCACUGCCACAAGCAUAAACAAAAUCCAAGCUCUAGAAAUGGCCGUAGCCCCAGCGGACGUCACAGCCCAAGCGGCAGCAGGCGUCACAGCCCGAGCAGCAGCAGCAGACGCCACAGCCCUAGCAGCAGUAGUCGCCGCAGUCCCAAUGACCUUCUCAGCCCAGACGACCAUCAUAGACCAUCCCGGCGGCACAGCUCAACUGUUCAACCUGAUGCUACAGUGUGCCGCGAACACACUCACAGGCGUCACAGCACAGACAGUCGCCACGGCAGCAGACACUAG